UUCAAUCACAGGCAGCCUCUCGAUCGCCGCCAAGUCGCCACACUUCCGAUUGCAUACACCACAUCAUCUCCUUCUCCAAAGAUGGCCGGACGCAUGGCGCUUGCGGCGGUCCUGCUGAGCGCGGCGGCUGCGGCGGCGGCGGCGCAGUCGGCGUCGAACGUGCGCGCCACCUACAACUACUACAGCCCGGAGAAGAUCAACUGGGACCUCAACGCCGCCAGCGCCUACUGCGCCACCUGGGACGCCGGCAUGUCGUACGCCUGGCGCUCCAAGUACGGCUGGACGGCCUUCUGCGGCCCCGCCGGGCCGACCGGCCAGGCGUCCUGCGGCAAGUGCCUCCUGGUGACGAACACGGCGACCGGCGCGCAGAUCACGGCGAGGAUCGUCGACCAGUGUAGCAACGGCGGGCUGGACCUGGACUUCGACACGGUGUUCAGCAAGAUCGACACCGACGGCCAGGGCGUGGCCCAGGGCCACCUCACCGUCAACUACCAGUUCGUCGACUGCGGCGACAACUGAUUAAUUAAUUAACCCGUGCUCAAGCGCUAUGGAAAAUAAGAAGCUGCAAAUAAAAGUAAUGUGCUAUUUGUAUUGAUGCACUUCGUAAUAAAUAAAGUGGGAUGAAUUGGACGUGAUUGUUGAA